GAAUUAAUGACUCGUCGGAUGCUUCUCCUCCUCCUCAUUCUCGUCACGGCGGAGUUAAGCCUAACGAAAUUCUCCGCCGGAGCCAUCGGCGUGAACUGGGGGACGGAAGCUUCUCACCCUCUUCCACCUUCCAAGGUCGUAGAGCUUCUGAAAUCCAACGGCAUUGCGAAAGUGAAGCUCUUCGAUGCCGACCCAAAGGUUCUCCGAGCUCUCUCUGGCUCAAAUAUCGGCGUCACUGUAGGAAUCCCUAAUUCGAUGAUCAAGAGCUUGAAUGCGUCAAGAAAGGUAGCAGAGAGCUGGGUUCAUGACAAUGUCACUCGUUACUUCGAUGGAGGAAACAGAGUCCGAAUCGAGUAUGUAGCAGUUGGAGACGAGCCAUUUCUCCAGAGCUAUGGUAAUCAGUAUAGGCCUUUUGUCAUUGGAGCAGCUAUGAACAUCCAAAACGCUUUAGCUAAAGCGAGCUUGGCGAGUGAAGUGAAGGUUGUUGUCCCCUCUAGCUUUGACUCCUUUCUUUCGGAAUCCGGUCGACCUUCUUCAGGACAUUUUAGAGCUGACCUCAACAAGACAAUGAUCGAACUCCUCUCCUUUCUCACAAGGCAUCACUCUCCCUUCUUUGUUACAAUCUCUCCUUUUAUUAGCUUUCACCAGAACAAGAACAUCUCUCUCGACUUUAGCCUCUUCAAAGAAACAGCUAAGCCUCACAAAGACGGACGUAAAACCUACAGAAACAGCUUUGAUCUUAGCUACGACACGCUUCUCUCUGCACUGUCUGGUAUUGGGUUUCCGGAUGUGGAUAUCGUCGUGUCAAAGAUCGGUUGGCCUACUGAUGGAGCAGCAAACGCCACGUCACCGACCGCUGAGGCCUUCUUGAGAGGAUUGAUGGGUCACUUGGAGAAAAAGACCGGUUCUCUUCUGCCGCGUGAAACCUACAUUGAGAACCUCUUGGACGAAGAUAAGAAGAACAUAUCUUCUGGGAACUUUGAGCGGCACUGGGGAGUGUUCACAUUCGAUGGUCAAGCCAAGUACAGUUUCAGCCUCAACCAUAACUCAAAGAAACUGAUAAACGCGCAGAACGUUCAGUACCUUCCUCCUAAGUGGUGUGUUGUGAACAACAACAAGGACUUGGCAAAUGCGUCAGCAAAAGCGUUAGAGGCGUGUUCUCUCUCAGACUGCACCUCGAUACUUCCUGGUGGGUCGUGUUCAGGGAUUGGAUGGCCGAGAAACGUGUCGUACGCGUUCAAUAGCUUGUAUCAGCAAAGUGAUCACAGGGAAGAGAGCUGUGACUUUGGUGGACUUGGUUUGAUCACUACCGUUGAUCCUUCUGAGGAUAAAUGCAGGUUUUGGAUUCAACUUGACACUUCUCAUUCAUCUUCUCACGUUCCUAUUUUCUUUCUGAGUUGGUCUCUUCUCCUACUCUUCCUACUGUCUUGGACUUAACUAACGUUGUAGUUACACUGAUCUUGAAUUUUGCCUUGUCCUUGAAACUUGAGGAUAUGAUGUACCAAUGAUAUUCUUUAUCAGUGCUAAGUCUGUGUAUUCGGUUGUUUAGUUC